UGUGUGUGUGUGUGUGUGUGUGUGUGUGUGUGUGUGUGUGUUCAGCAGGAUAUGAACAGUAACAGAAGAUAUUCACACUGAGCAGCAGCGCGCGCGGAAAAAUACUUUUAGUUAAAUAAUGAACAGAAAAGUCUAGAGAUGGAGGGAUUCCUGAAUAAAGCUAAAUAAUUAAAUAACACACAGUCAGAAGAUUGUUCCAUGGCACGCACGAGACGACGAGAUCAUCCUUCGGUGUGAAUUGAGCUCGAGCUCCGGUUUAACGGAACUGCACUUUAUUGUUUCAGUGUCUCUAGUCCUCUCGUCCUCUCACACUUCAUUCUGGCCGGCCCCGUGUCCUGUAAAGGAGAGGAGGACUUCCUCUCUAUUGCAGCGUCUCGUCUCAGCCACAGGAAGCGUGUGAUUGGCGCAGCAGUGGGCGUGGCAAUGGUGCUGGUGUUACUGGUUGCCAUCCCACUAUUAGUUCACAGCACUAAGCUGGGUGGAGUCGGAGGCGGAGUCGGAGGGACACAUUAUGAGAUGCUGGGUAGCUGUAAGAUGGUGUGCAACUCUCUCACGCCCAGAAAUGAACUCACGCCCGUUUCCCCGCCUCCACAUGACAUCCCCACACGCAGGGCCGGAGGGAAAUCCAGUUUCCGUGGGAUUCCGGGCCUACCAGGACCACCUGGACCACGAGGGCCACCUGGAGAUCCAGGUAAACCUGGUCCUCCGGGUCCACCGGGUCCAGGUCCUGGAGGAUAUGUCCCGUCAUUCUACAGCCCCAAAAUAGCGUUUUAUGCCGGUCUGCGCAAACAGCAUGAGGGCAGCGAGGUCCUGAAAUUUGACGACGUGGUGACCAACGUGGGAAACUAUUACGAGCCCACAACAGGAAAGUUCACCUGUCCUUUACCAGGGAUCUACUUCUUCACCUACCACGUCCUCAUGAGGGGAGGAGACGGGACCAGCAUGUGGGCCGACCUCAAGAAGAAUGGACAGGUGCGGGCGAGUGCCAUCGCUCAGGACGCAGAUCAGAAUUACGACUACGCCUCCAACAGUGUGAUCCUGCAUUUAGACGUCGGGGAUGAAGUGUGUGUGCAGCUGGAUGGAGGAAAAGUUCAUGGAGGAAACACCAACAAAUACAGCACCUUCAGUGGGUUUCUCAUCUACCCAGAUUAACACACACACACACACACACACACACACACACACACACACACACAUUAUUUACAGUUUAACUCAGUUCAGCAUGCACCAUUGAGUCAGAACAAAAAGGUGUUUAAAUAAUAAUUAAUAAUAAAACUGUUUUAUUUAUAAAGUGAAGAAUGAAUCUGGAACAUCAUCAGAUCCUCAUUCUGAUUUAUUUACAUUUUAUCACAUUGUAAUAUAAAACUAGCCCAUACACCACCCUGCCACCCCCACCCCACCCCCAACCACCA